UGGGGAAUUUAUGUUAAAUUCGAAAUGGAGGUUCUGUCUUGGGCUGGGGAUUGGAAUCUUCCCUCUGUAGACGUCCGCUGUUUAGAGGUUUUGACCUACGCUAAGUUUGCUGAAUGCCCGCUUAACGUCAAUCGAUGUAACAACCCUUGGAAAUCUCCCAUAGGAGAAUUUCCAGUUUUAAAAUCUGGUGAAGAUGUUCUGACUACGUCUAGCAAGAUCAUAAAUUACUUGAGGAAAAAUAACUUCAACGCUGAUUACCAACUGACAGCAAAGCAGGGAGCAGAUACUCUUGCAUUUGUUUCAUUGGUGCAUAGCAAACUUUAUCCAGCAAUUUUAUUUACAUUGUGGGUGGACAACACAAAUUACAUUAAAUUUACUCGUCCGUGGUAUGCACAAAGAUUACCUUUUCCACUGAAUUAUUUUAUCCCUGGACAUGUCUCAAGACAAACAAGGUGCCAACUGUCAAAUGAAAUGCACCCUGAAGUGACAGAUGAUGCAGUGGAAAAUAAGCUUUUCAAAGAUGCUCUGGAAUGUCUAAAACUGUUAUCUACAAUGCUGGAUGGGAAGGAAUUUUUCUUUGGAGACAGUCCAACCACACUUGAUGCUGUGGUAUUUGCUCAUCUUGCAGUGAUCUGGAAAGCCCCACUGCCAAAUAAAAAACUGUGUAACUAUUUGCAAGGAUAUGAUAACUUGUGUACGUUCUGUGGACGAAUAUUACAACGCUACUUCCCCGCAGAAAUGAAUGAACAGCAACAACCGUCUUCUUCACCGUCCGGUCAGGAAGACUCGGACCUAUCUGAACGGCGCAACAAAUGGUUGGCCAUUGGUUUCGCUACACUGGCCAUGACACUCUACGCUUUGUCCACUGGUCUGAUUAGAGUAGAAAUCAAAAGAGAGGGAGAUUUGGAGGAAUCAAACACAGAACAAGAAAGCAGUGAAUGAUCCACUGCAGUGUGAACUGAUGAAAACUCGGAUUGUUAGUUAGGGUGCGUUAGUGAAAAAGAAGACAAGGAAAGGGGAAUUAGGAAGGAUGGCUGGUUAUAAUUUAAAGAUAAAUUUAAACUUAUUCUUGAGAACGAAAGAAAGUGGUCUCACUUACCUAAACACCCCUCUUAGCAACGCCCCAAACGGUGUGAAUUUCCAUUGCUUUGCUAAAAUCUUUAGUUAUUUCGCUCCAUCAAAGGUCAAGCUUCGUUGUUUUGUUGAAGACAAGUAAUUGGCCAGUGAUAGCUCAGAAUUCCUUCAAUCUUCGAUAAACUGAAACGUAAGUAACCACAUAACUUGCAAAUUAUAUACGUUUCCUGGAACACAAAGUACGAUGAGCUGUUUCACCCCCAUUUUCCUAUUAUUUUGAGCUGAGGGCAACGGUUCCAUUUUGAUUAUUCAUAACUUCAUGUUAAGUAAAUGCAAACAUUGUCUUGUCUGCUAUUUUGUCUAAACACAAAUGAAUAAAGGCUGAUAGUUUCGAAAGAAACUGUUUGGGGCUGCGUCGGUGGGAGUAACGAAAU